CAUUAAUAGUCAUUCUCAUUGUCAAAUUUUAAUAUGCAACAUUUAACACUAAAAUUUCUGUGAACCCAUUACAUUCCCAAUAUGAUACCACUAAUUCGGUUUUCUUUAAGGAGCCAAGCAAAAUUUAUUAGUUUCAUAACAAAAAGAAGAUACAGCAUUAAGAAGAAAGACAAGAAAGAGGAAAAGAAAGACGAAAAGAGAUCAAAACAAGAUACUAACGUUUGUUCAAUAACUGAUUGUGUAGUAGAUCCUAUUAAUCCAGAACCGUCGGUGUUAAUAAUUGGGGCAGGAAUAGCUGGAUUAUCCGCGGCUCAAAGACUUAUGCAAUGUGGUAUCACUAAUUUUACAAUUUUAGAAGCUUCAGACAGACCCGGUGGCAGAAUACAUUCAUGCUGGCUUGGUGACAUCAUAGCUGAAAUGGGAUGCCAAUACAUUAGAGGAGCUUGCUGCAACAAUCCCGUUUUUAAUUUAGCUGCACAAGAAGGUCUCGUUAAAGCACCAGAACGUCCAGAAAAACGCAAAAUAUUUUAUUGCACUAGUGAAGGAAGGUUCAUAGAUAAUACUAUCGCGAUGAUGGCUUACGAAAUCUUUACUGGAAUUAAAAAUGAAGCUUAUCGUUUGUUCAAUACUGGCAGUGCGAAUGCACAUGGAUCGCUGAAGAAUUUUUUAUACUUAAGAAUUCAACAGGAGCUUCAAAAAUUUCCUGAAGAACAGCGAUACGAUGUAUCUAGAAUACUCUAUGGCUUGACAAACAGAAUACGGUUCUUUGUUGGUGAUGAUUUGGAAUGUGUUAGUGCUGAUAGUAUCGGAAGUUUAAUUAACAUUCCUGGCGGUGAUGUAUCUGUACCGUUUGGUUUUGUAGGAGUUUUGAGCCCACUCUUGAGGGAGCUGCCAGAAGGUAGCCUAAUGUUUAACAAGCCAGUACGACUGAUUGAGUGGGGAGGACUUCCACUAAACAAAUCAAGAGCAGUAGCUCAUUGUUGCGAUGGAAAGAAAUUUUAUGCGGAUUAUAUAAUAAUCACAGUUUCUUUAGGUGUAUUAAAGGAACAUGCAGAUAAAUUGUUUUUACCAUGCCUACCAUCUAGUAAAAUGCAAGCAAUUAAAACUAUAGGGUUUGGAAAUGUAGAUAAAAUUUUCUUAAACUACGAUCGACCAUUUUGGGUGUCAUCGAACGGAAAUUUUAGGUUUGCUUGGUCACAAGACGAGCUAGCCAACAGAACAGACUGGACAAAGGGUUUAAGUUCAAUAGAAGAAGUUGACGGAAGCAAACAUGUCCUCUGCGCGUUCAUAAGUGGCCCGGAAGCGGUUGUUAUGGAACAAGCUUCAGACGAAGAAGUUGCUUUUGGUAUAACAAAAGUUUUAAGACAAUUCACUGGCGAUCCUUCGUUACCUUACCCUUCUACGGUGCUGAGGUCUAAAUGGGCUUCCGAUCCAUACUUUUGUGGGGCUUUUAGCUAUUUGACUUUGGAUUCGGCUAUUGAUGAUCAGAAUGAGCUCAGUAGCCCUGUUCCAGAUACAAGCGAUCCAGUGCCUCCGAUAUUAUUAUUUGCAGGAGAAGCAACUUGUGUCGGACAUCACUCGACAGUACACGGCGCCAGAUUAAGUGGCAUCAGAGAGGCAGAAAGAAUAAUCCAUCUUACAAAACAAUUUUCGGGACCACCACCAGGUUUUUUAAAAAAUUAAAAAUACAUGUUGUUUUUAUUUUGCUUUAUUAAGUACUUUUAUCAACAUUAACUACUCUAAAAUAAAUAGGUUAAGCUUAGCCUAUAUCCACAGAUAUCGAUAGUAUUUUGUAAAUACAUGUGAACAAAAUGUAAUAUUUAUAAGUCUGAAAUAAAAUUUAU